AUGUCGUUUCUUGCGCAUUCUACAAAAGUUGCUGACAACGAAACGACGAUAGCCUUCGAUACCGUAAAGAGAAGUCUAGUGGCAAUAAAGAAACAUAACAUGACGAUUAUGAGAAUAAAGAAAAAGACGGUAACCAAGACAACAUUAUCUACACCGACAAUAUUAUAUGAAGACGAUCCACCUGAUGGAGGAUGGGGCUGGGUGGUUGUCAUGGCAGCCCAUUUUGCACUACUUCUAUCACAGGGCAGUUUGACCGGAUUCGGUCCAUUCAUAGUAAAUCUACAGCUACACUUUGGUUGCGGUGCUAGUGAGAUUGCCGGUGUUAGCGGCACGGCUCUUUUCGUCACCUUGGCUACAGGACCGGUUGCUAGUGCACUAAAUUGCUGGUUUGGUUGCCGUGUUGUUGUAAUGGCAGGCGGUAUCAUAUCUACCAUCGGGAUAUUUAUAAGUUCGCUCGCUAUUGAUGUCUCUCAUCUUUACGUGUCUUAUGGAAUAGUAACAGGAUUUGGAUACGGCCUUGUGUCGACGCCAAGUGUCGCAUUCAUCGCGCGAUAUUUCAAGAGAAAAUACGCCUUAGCCAAUGGAAUCGUAUUUUCUGGAUUCGCCAUUGGUUGGAUCGCGCUUCCCCAAGUUUAUCAGCUGCUUAUCAACCAAUUCGGGUGGAGAAAUGCCCUAAUGUGUGUGGGUGCGAUGGACGCACAUAUAUGUAUUUGCGGGGCCUUGUUUCGUCCGCCACCCCAACGAAUAAUAACUGGUGGUGAACAUAUACUGGAUAGCGACACCGAUGAAGAGCGUGGUCCUGACGCGGCGCUGACGUGGAAUGACGUCAACGUGACGCUCAAUCCUGCAUUUGACGCUCAAUUACAAAAUAACGUCACCGUCCCUACUGAGAUAGUUGUAGAAGAAAUAAGAAACGUCCACUGUUGUUCAUGUGUGAAUUUUAAAGACACACAAUGCUGCAAAUUCUUAUCUAAUUUCAUCGAUUUUGCUUUAUUCUGCAACCCCUUAUUUAUUCUCAUGGCAGUAGCGUACUUCGUCAUUGCAGUUGGGUUUUACCCGACGGUGCUGUUCCUAGUGCCUCGUGCCGAGUCGUUCGGAAUACCCUAUCCGUUACCAACGACUUUAAUGACAAUCACAGGAGCCGUAAGCCUAAUAGGCCGUGCUGGACAUGGUGUUGUUAUUGACUCUGGUCUACUGUCAUCGGCGAGGGCGCUAGCAAUAAGUAUAUUCAUUUGUGGAUUCAUCAACAUUUUAAGUUAUUUUUGUGAAAAAUACACCGGGCUUGCUAUUCUGUAUGGAGUAUUCGGACUUGCAAACGGCGUGUAUCACCCUCUUCUAGCUGUCACGUUGAAGGACUUUGUGGGCGUGGCGAAGCUCCCUUCUGCUCUUGGAUUCUGCAAUCUUUGCCAUGGACUAGGCGCACUUAUUGGACCGCCGAUCACAGGAUGGAUAUUCGACAAUAGUCAAGACUAUCGUUACUGUUAUUGCUUCAGUGGUUUAAUUUUAUGCCUGUCGGCAUUAUUGCUGUUUUCUGGACCAAUUCUCAUUCGAAGGCGGAGCGCACGUGAGAUUAAACUGACUGAGCAGACUCCGGAAUAUGCAACGGACUCGGACAGCACACCAGUAUUACAGCUUGUUACCGUUGUCUGA